AUGCGCUCCUACCACGCGCUGACGCCGCCGCCCAAGCCGCACGUGGUCUUCGCUCUCGCUGACGACUUUGGCUGGGCCAACUUUGGCGCCCACCGCGCCGCCGGCGAGCAGGGCGCCGCCGAGGCUCAGACGCCUUUCCUCGACGGCCUCCUCCGUGAGGGCAUCGAGCUCCGCCGGUACUACACCUACAAGAUAUGCUCUCCGUCCCGGUCGGCGCUCCAGUCCGGGCGGCUCCCGGUGCACGUCAACACCGCCAACAGCGCCGUCUCCAUCUUCAACGAGUCGGACCCGGUGUCGGGCUACGCGGGCGUCCCUCGCAACAUGACCUGCGUCGCCAACAAGCUGGCGGCGGCGGGGUACGACACGCACUUUGUGGGCAAGUGGGACGCAGGGAUGGCGACGCCACGGCACACGCCGCUCGGUCGCGGGUACAGCAGCAUGUACGGCUACUACCAGCACGCAAACGACUACUGGACCAAGGGCGAGGGCGAGCCCUCCCUCAGAGAGCCGCAGCGAGGCUUCGAGGCGACGGGAGAGGUCGACGUCUGCCUCAACCACUUCACGGACCUCUCCGAGGCGAACGCAACCUACUUCGGAGGCGUGCGAUUAAUAUCCAAUUAA